UCGGUUGCGUUGGAAUUCGCAGUCCCAUUAGAUACCAUGCGUUCAAAGCAAAGCCAUCGAAUGGAAUAGUGCUCGUUGUUUUCGCCUCGCCUCGUCAGGACCUAGAACAAUGUGGAAGUGAAUCAAUCCAUUUAGCCGUGCAUUUAGUAACAAGCAAACAAAACAAAAAGAAAGUUAAUUGAAGUGAUACAUUUUAUCGAACGAAAACAAAAAAGAAAAGAAACCUAACCCAGGUGAACGUUACUCCAUAUACUUAGGUGACGAAACAUCAGAAUAAACAAGGGAAUGAAAAUGGAUAGUGAAAAGUGUUUGCAGUGCUGAUCGCACACCAAACGAAUGCGUGUGUUAUUUCCGAUAAAUUUCCGCCCGCACAUGAACGAGUGGCAUUUGAAGUGAUUGUCAAUAAUCGAUUACUACCGAAAAGGUGGAUAAGAGCUGUGCGGUGUCACGCUGGCUGACUAGUCGCAACGGGGAAAGGUGCAAACGAAUCCACGUGAAGUGAACGAACGACGAAGAAAACAACAGAAAAACGUAACAUCGAGAAACAAAGAGCAAACGAAGAUAGCGUGUUUAUGUGAAGCGAGAGAGAGAGAGAGAUAGAAAAAGAAAGAGAGAGAGAGAGUGGAUCUGUGGUUGCGUUUGUGGAUGACGCUGGAAUAGUGAAGUUAGUGGUCAAUUAAAAAAUGAUAGCAUGGGCUCCUGCUAUGAUCAAUACGGCCGAUGAAACGAUAUGAGCACGUAUGCGUACAGUACAGGUUGUUGGGAAAUACGCAAACAAUGUACGAGAUGUGGUGUUGGAUAGUAAUUCUACAAUUUCUCCUGGCGGAAGAACUCACCUCAGGUAUAAUGCUCACGGAGGUGCGGGUGCCCAAGCACACCAUCAAGGGCCACUCGGUAAGAUUGGAGUGUCAUUAUGACAUGGAAGGCGAAGCGCUCUACUCGGUGAAGUGGUACAAGGAUGGGUGCGAAUUUUAUCGAUAUGUGCCAAGAGACGAUCCGCCCGGGACGGUAUUCCCCCAGCCGGGCAUCAUAGUGGAUCUACAAAAUUCGACCAGCGAGCAGGUGGUGCUGGAUCCGAUAGAUCUAUCAUCCAGCGGAAAGUAUCGAUGCGAGGUGUCUGCCGAGGCGCCUUCCUUCCAAACGGUAUCCGACCAUGGGGAUAUGCUGGUAGUUGUGCUUCCUGAGGAGGAUCCGUACAUUACGGGUGGGAAGCCACGGUACCAGAUCGGUGAUAUCGUGCGCGUAAACUGCACAUCUGGCCGAUCGAAACCGGCGGUCCAUCUGACGUGGUACAUCAAUGGGGAGGCGGCCGAUGGGUUGCUGGUGAAGCGGUUCGAACCCAUCGUGUCCGGACCGGACAAGCUGGAAACUUCCAUACUCGGCCUGGAAUUCCGUGUGAAGCCAAAACAUUUCAAGCGAGGUGAUAUGAAGCUCAAGUGCCUCGCCACCAUUUCAACCGUAUACUGGAAAAGUAACGAGGAGAGCGUCGAGGGCGAAAAGAUACAGAAGGCACCAAUGCUGGAGUCUCGGCGGGCCGUUUCAAGCGACACGCGAGCAGACCGAGUUCAAGCGGCGAGCGGUGAUGCAUUGGCGAAUAAAUAUUCAUCGGGGUUGAAUUUUACAUUGCGCUGGUUGCUCACCGUACUGUCCGCGAGCCGGUUGGCCUGUUCGUGGUUGGCCUAAAUGCAUGGCGCGCCCCGGUAAUGGCGAGCACCACGAGUCGGCGAGCACAAUCCCAACAAUUCGCUCUCUUCAAAACUAUAACAAUUUUAUUAUCAUUCACUGUAAUACAUUCCGUCCCGAAACGGGUCGACUAUUUUCGACCCCGACGUCAACCCUUCCUACCACGUCGUGUAAGGGUGAAGCAGAGAGAGCAUUCGCCCCCUUCCCUUAAAAACGAAACGAAAAAAAAAUACGUCGAAGGAAACCGAAAUGUCCAUAGUCGAUGGUUUUUGCACCGAGAACGGGUGUUCCGUACGGGGUGUUGUUUUUUUCUUUCUUCUGUAUGUCCGACCGUACCCAAGCCCAAGUGGUGCAAUUUUCGGAUAUACACAGAAAUUAAGCUCGUCGCAAGGCAGUCGAUUCAUGUAACGGGAAAAGAUGAACUACAUCACGCCAUUGUUCGAUUCGUGAAGGACCCGCAAGAAAGCAAAUCGGCUGCGAACAAGGUAAUUUGAGCCCAUUUACAGAACGGAACCGCUGCAGAAUGCGCGAACACUCGUCGGUUCAACCAGCUUAUAUUAGACGGCACACGCUAUAUUAGCGACUGAAAGUGAGAGAAAGAAAGAGCGGAAAACAUACAUCUGUCGGCCGUACUAGAAGAACAGGCUUUGACGAGCAGUGACUAAUAUCAGCAGUGUUUUGCCUAUGGACAUAUCGAAUGGAUGAAACACGAAUCAUAUCACUAUGACACAAUGAAGUAAUAUCUUGAUGUGCUUUUUCACUGUACUCCCAAAAAAACAAAACAAACCAAAAAAAAACAUACUAAAAUUUGACGAAAUGGUAAACGAAAAGGAUAAAAUCAUGCAAACAUAUCACCAGUGAAUAUUGAAGCAAACGAAACAAUAUCGAAAACAACCAAAAAAAAAAACAAACUCUUUUUCACUCCGUUUAUUCGUGGAUAAGUGUGUCGCAAAAUCGAUUCGAUCUCUCCCUCCCUGUAAAAAGUGGUGUAAAUAUUGUAAAAGAUUUCGCUCCAAACCGAGUGUCGAGUUUGGAUCGAAUCGGAAUGUUGUCCCAAAAUUGUUGCUCUGUUUGUUUUUUCCUUUUAUUUAAAAGCAGUCCCGAAAACCAUUACAACAAUAUGAGGAGUUUAGAUAACAUAAAACAAAAAGGAUAAUCUGAAUUUUUUACAUACAAAACACACAAACAUAAAUACACUCAACAUAACAUUAAAAACACACACACACACAUCAUACAAAGAAAGCUAGCCAACAGUACUCGACCGUACAGUCGAAUAUUCUUCUAGAAAAUUGUUACUUAACGCAUACGAAAAAAACAAAAUGGUACGUAUGAACAACGAGAGUGGAACGAUGGCCGUGACUGAUGAAUAAAAUAAUUUUAUCCAUUACGAUAACAAAUACUCAUAAUGU